AUGACAAGUUUGAUGAAAAAGGAGCAUAAGUUUGCAUGGACCCAAGAGUGUGAGGAGGCGUUUAAGAUCUUGAAAGAAAGGUUAACCACAACACCUGUGCUGGCUUUGCCGAAUGGGAGUGAUCUAUAUGACGUGUAUAGUGAUGCAUCGAAGUUGGGAUUGGGAUGUGAGUUGAUGAUUUUCACGGACCAUAAGAGUUUGAAGUACAUUUUCACCCAGACGCACUUUAAUGGGAGGCAGAGACGAUGGUUAGAAUAUAUGAGUGAUUAUACAUUGGAUAUUCAGUAUCACAAGGGAAAGGCUAAUGUGGUGGCAGAUGCUUUGAGCAGAAAGUCAGAACAUAUGAAGUUGAACUUGGAAGUAAUAGAGCAUGGUGACAUGGCUAGGAUGUUGAAUACCUUGGUGGUUAAACCAUCCAUUUAUGAUAAGAUAAGGGAAAGCCAAUUGGAAGAUGAGAAGUUAAAGGCAAUUAAGAAGAAGAUUGAUGAAGGAGAAGUGUUGGAUUUCACCAUUGGUGAUGAGGGGAGUAUUCGAUUUAAGGGAAGAUGGUGUGCACCACAAAAUUGUGGAAAUCUAAAACAAAUAUUGAUCGAAGAAGCCCAUGAAUAA